CGAUAGCAACGAAGUUUCUUUAAGAGCAAUUGUUUGGACUCUGGUACCAACGAACUGUUCGUAUCACAUGGACGCCGGAAACGAAGCAUCGAUGAAGAUAAUCGGACAGCAGGAACACUUUCUGCAAUAAUACGAGUUCUUACAAGAGACGAAGAAGAAGAGGCGUUGCAAAACACGACAUUCUCACACAGCGCGUUUCUGGAUGAGUUGGAUCUGGUCUGCAUGUCGGAAGUAUGGUUCAUCUCAGCAGUUGUUUCGGUAUCCAUUGUGUGCCUGGUCUUAUCAGCAUUCAUUGUUGCAUGGGGUUGUAGUUCGCUAAAGAAGGAAAAGCUGCCAUUAUAA